AGUUCUGCGUGGGUCUUAAGUUGAUUGCAUUUAUGUUUGAUUUCUAAUUAUAACUGACAAGAAGUUGAAAAAGAAAAAGGAGAAAAAGGAGAAGGGGGGCGGAAAGCAGAAAAGCAAAAGCGCCAUUGAUGGCUUGUACAAUAAAAAGUUUCAGUAAAAUUACCAGGCCCUUCUGUCCCACGCAGGGUGGACAGGGUCACCCCAUUCCAGGCCUCAGAAAGCCUGCACUGGGUAUGUUGGGAUGUCCCUGAGUGCGCCGAGUGCUGUUGCCCAAAAUUCUGCAAGCUCUUCGGCGCAGGGUUAAUGGGUUUGGGUGAGUCGGUACUCUGUUUGUUGCCUUUUGUGAGUCGCUUUGUCGCCGCUAACAUGUUUUAAGUACAGGCGACCGUUGAACCUCAAUGCACGCACCUGCGGGCCGCACCACCGUAUACUGUUGUGCCUAUUGUGCUGCGGCGGCCAAACCACCCGAUCCUGCCUCGACUCGCGGAAGUUCUUAACGACAGCAGUGACUGUCGUAAGGUGUGCGACUCCUCGUCACACUGGCACAAAAGCCCACGUUCACUUCGCUGUUUAUAUCCGCCGCCCUCCACCCACUCCCUCUCUACCCCACAUCGCUAAUCUCCAGGUGAAAGGCAAUGUUCUUGCUGCUUAGUUCGGGGGUAACUGUCGGCGAGUGAUUCUCUCUCUUCCAUGAACCCCCAACACCAAUAAACCUUCCUUCUCCAUGCAAUGUUGCAACCAUCGCAGAACACCUUCUUCAGAUCGGUGACGUUGCUCUCUCGCCAAGGUUCGCGAUUGGUCGAGGAUCUCGUCUUCGUAACUGUGUCUGAAUCCAGAAGAAACCCAGUACCUUGCCAAAAAACGAAAAAAACAAAACAAAACAAAACAAAAACAAACAACAAAAAAACCCAAACAAAAAACAAACAACAAAAAAACCACAAAAAAGCAAAACAAAAAACAAAAACAAACAAACAAACAAAAAAACGCAAAGGAAUUCUAAGGUGAAAUGGAUAACAGAAAAAAAAAUCAACAACCAAACACGCAGGUCACAGCUGUCAGUUCAGUCCCAGCUGUCAACGUUCGCCACUUUUCCUCUGCGCCAUCGAUUGAUCAAUCAAUCAGUUAAUGAGAAAGGGAGAGAACUGAUAACUUCCUCUUUAAUUCUGUUCACUCACUCACUUCCAAUCAAAGCUAUUCUGCGCAAGGGGGCAGACCUGGGGGGCUUGCUCUUUCCAAUUUUCUGGAGGUGUCGUCUGCUCUCGGCGUGAUCCCAUCAAGCGGGGAUUGUCGCCCAUGCAUCGCCCCCGCGGGAGCCGUUUCCGACAAACCACACUAUCAGCAGUAAUAUCAUCCGCCACUUCCGACAUUAGGGACCGCGCUGGCUGCUCUAAUUGGCUGCAAUUAUAGGCAGCGGACCAAUCGUCGCGCGCGCUGGGGUCACACGUCAUUUUCAGUGUUUUCUGAUCCCGCCCUCAGUUAUUAAUCACGGGUCACGUGUCACUUUCAGGUCUCCUGCUGAUUGGGGCGCGAGAGAGGAAGGCUGAUGAAAGGUUUCGGACUCAGUAACAAGUGGAGACAGACCUUCUUCAUUAGCCUGUGAUGGCUUGUAACAUGUCUCAAUAUUCCGCCUGUCGCUGAACUUUGGCCUCUGCGCGGCUUCCAGUGUUUGCCAGGAGCGGGGCGUCACCACUGCGACGGAGUGUGUGGAAGAAGGGUGUGUGUGUAGGAGGGACGGGGGAGAGUUGCUGGAGGGGUACUGACCUCGCCAAGCGACCCGCUAUCAGAUGUCCGUGUGCACCCCACUCGCUUACACGCUGUAACCUCGAGGAACAGGUGAGAGCUGGAAGUUAUCUCUCUUGAACCACCGAGCUUGACGAGUGGCGAAGUGACAGCCCCCUUUUCUGGGGGUGCACGCCUUUGAAGACUUCUCACCUGUGACUUUCGUAAAGGUUUUAUGCCAUCAGGAUGUGUCUCUAUCAGAACUGCGAUGGAUCCUCCAGAAAAAAAACCUACCUGUUAAUAAUCAUCGGAGCGUGUCUUCUUACCCUCUAACGGUGAGCUCGUGACUACAGGUGUAGUAGUAAAAGUUUAUCAGGGUACACAGCUAAAGAAAUUAAAUAUUUUUUACCAGCUCAGGGUGAGCUACUAAUAUGCUGACUACACCGGAAACAGAUCAACGUUCGCUCACUGAAAGUGACAGGACAGCAGACGACGCAUCAUCCAUCAUGUCGACUCCACAGCAUGCGAUGAGCUCAGGUGAGAAGGAUGGAAGCAGAAGGUCUGAUUACAGUCCCAUAGACUGCAACACCUGUGCCGAGAGUUCUGACGAGAUGCACUUCAGCGUAUCAGAAGACGAAACGAGAAUGACAGAAGAAGAAAGUUCUGAGGAAAAGGUUGCCACUGAUCGAUCGUUUGACUCCUGUCCCAAGCGUUGUCACAGAAAAGAUGUCGCUGUGGAUGAUGGUCAGGUGAGGCGGUAUCGGACGGCCUUCACCCGCGAACAGAUUGGGAGACUGGAGAAAGAGUUCCUGAAGGAGAAUUAUGUCUCGCGCCCCAAACGAUGUGAGUUAGCAGCAGCACUGAACCUUCCAGAAGCCACGAUCAAGGUGUGGUUUCAGAACCGGCGGAUGAAAGACAAGCGACAGAGAAUGGCUCUUGCUUGGCCCUAUGGGAUCACAGAGCCACACAUCUACGCCUACCUUGCAGCUGCUGCUUCAGGGUACGGGUACCCGGUGGGUGCCGGUGCACCCUCGCCUCUCACUUUCUAUCCUGGUGUCGGAGUGGGUCUCCCUGGAGGACCCAUCGGCCUUCACCCUGCAGCGUCACUUCCGUUUCCGGCGCAAACAUUUCGUCCGACCACAGCGUCUGAUUUUCUGGCUGCGGCAGCAGCAUCCGCUAGAGGAGGAGGAGGUCUGAGACCGGCCCCCCAUUCCUUCAGCAUGGCCCCUCUGACGUCACUGGGGUGUGCUCUGCGGUCACCACUGAACACAUCGUCCCUGCUGAGCCCCCGGCACCAAGUCCCGCCACACUCUCCCUCCUCCAUCAUGGCGCCAGCCUCUGCCGUCACGAGCUCUUCGCUAGCAUCCGCCAGGGGACAGCAUCCAUCUUCUCCUCGUGCGCAUGCGUAUUCGAGAUCGAAGAGCAGCAGUGGCUCAAUAGCUCCCAAUGGACUCUUUCGUCCGUUCCAGUCUGAGGUGGAAAAGACUUAAUUAAACUUCUGUAGGACUGGGUGCUGUCUACUUACUGAAGAUCAACGGUAGCUAAUUACUCUACCAAGACUGUACAUUGUCUACUAGGGGUAGUCAAUGGUUGUUGGCGACCUGCUACAAUAACUGGCUGCUCUCUAAGUGUAGCAGUUAUUGGCCACCGUGUACCUGCUACAACUGCCGGCUGUUGUCGACUACAUGUAGUCACUGGCUACUGUCUACAUGUUGCAGUCGCUGUCUACAAGCUACAACCACUGGCUGCUGUCUACUAGAUGUACUUACUUGUCCACGGCGCUUCCACUGCUUGCAUCUCGUGGUGGGAAGGGAGUUCAAUCUUCAGACUACCGAAUAGCUUGAACUUCAAUCAAAGAACAAAUUUCUAAACAUUAAAAAUGGCGUCUUGUGUGAUCCUUGGUGACGAUUUCGAAGAAGAAAUUAAUGUUUCGAUAAACAUUUUCUGAUGACAGUGACUCACUUACUAACGUUUGGUUCCGUCUGCUUCGACUGGAAAGCACUUCGUAGCAAACAUCCAUCACAGCCUGAAAAGUGACAGAACUAAAACUUAUUGAAACCAAAACUGAUGAUUGGGACAUUAGAAGCUGGGAAAGAGAAAAGAUGAAAGCAAAAUUGAGCUUAACAGUGGCGGCGAUAUAUCGCUUUGAAAUCCCCUGCGAAGUUUUAGGCGCUGGGGAAUGGCCCCUCCGGACCCUAACAAUUACUUACCCCUCCACUAGAAAGUUUGGCUCAUUAGAUCAGCCAGGUAAAAAACCAGCUCACCUCCCAUUUCAGGUGGGCUGUCUCCUCCCCCUGCUUUUAUUGCCUAUCUCUAGCCUUUGACUUGUGGCUGACCCUAAACGUUCCACGCUCCCUACACCGUGACAGGGUCUGUCGGUGAAAGAGAGACCUUUUGAUUAAUCAUGCAUGCAGAGGGCAGAAUCGAAUAACUUUCUUGAUCCCUUUGAAAUAUUAAUAGUUAUAUAACCAUGAUUUCAAGAAUGUAGAAGCUCUGGGCCACUUCUGCUUCAGGUCACAGAGUCCAAGUUUCAUUUUUUAAACACCGAUGAGAAAAUUUCAGUUAUAGUCAUUAGGGGUUUCAUCUACAGGUGGUAGACCAACCAACCAUUUGCACCGCCUCAACCCCUACUGUCGUAUUUACUAUGGUGAUAAAUAGAGCAGAGAAAAAUAAUCACAAUCUUUAGUUGAAAUCAUUUGAUGUUUCAAACAUUCUGACAUAUCCCUUAAAAAUUUGUUUUCCAUUCUCUGCCUGAUCAUCGUGUCACAUAUUAACGAAAAUAUAUCUGGAAAAGAAGAUAAACAAAGAUUGUUCAAAGGAACUAGAAAAUAAAGCGAGUUCUGCAAACA